AUGGCAUUUAAGAAGGCAGUAAAAGAGACUAUUCUUGCUGGAGGAGGUGCUUUUGCAACAAUUCCAGGCCUCUCUCACUUUGCCCAUUACAGAAGGAAGCAAAUGAGCCUGCCCUAUGUUCAAGCAGCCGAGUGCGUCUCAGAACCGGUGAACAAGGAUCCUCCUUCCCGAGAAGCUCAGAUACUGACUUUGAAAAACACGUCUGAAUUCGAUGUCCUUGUCAUUGGAGGAGGAGCGACAGGGUGUGGCUGUGCACUGGAUGCAGUCACCAGAGGACUGAAAACAGCCCUUGCAGAAAGAGGUGAUUUCUCAUCGGGGACCAGCAGCAGAAGCACUAAAUUGAUCCACGGUGGUGUGCGAUAUCUUCAGAAGGCUAUGAAGUUCGACGUUGAGCGGAAUAGGAUGGUGAAAGAAGCCCUUCACGAGCGCGCCAACCUACUAGAAAUUGCUUCCCAUUUAUCAGCUCCACUGCCUAUAAUGCUUCCAGUUUACAAGUGA